CGGACACCCCCGGAAUGCUUCAGUGAAGGCUACAAGGAACAGAGGAGACUCAGCAAACAGGUUUCCUCUCGGGAACCCCCAGACUGGCGCCCAAGGGAGCAGCCCGAGGUGGAGCUUCUGGGUGCCAGCAAGGUCUCUGCCCCCCGCAGGGCUGCUCGGCCGCGGUGGGCCCCGCCGGGAGAGUCCACUAGGGCGCGGGCAGGGUGUUCCCGCGGCGGGCCGGCGCCGAGGAGGCCGCACACCCCCCCCCGCCCCCCGUCAGGUGCGCGCGUCCGAUUGGAGCAGAGCGGCGGCCGGCGGGACGGCGGGCUCGGCCGCGGGCAGGGCGCGGGACGGCGGGCGCAGACGCGGGCGCGGAUGUCGGGGUCCCCGGAGCCAGGGAUGCUCUCUACAUCUUUCUUGGUAAAUCUCCUCUCAGCCUUUCUCAUCCCUGUCAUAUUUGGAGAAACAGAAAUAAGAUUUGCUGGACAAACACAAUUUGUUGUUAAUGAAACAAGUACAACAGUUAUCCGCCUUGUCAUUCAAAGAAUAGGGGAGCCAGCAAAUGUCACCGCGCUCGUAUCGCUGCAUGGGGAAGACACUGGCGACUUUUUGGACACCUACGCUGCAGCCUUUAUCCCUGCUGGGGAAACAAACAGGACGGUGUACAUAGCCGUGUGUGACGAUGACCUCCCGGAGCCCGAUGAGACUUUUACUUUUCACUUAACAUUACAGAAACCGUCGGCAAAUGUGAAGCUUGGGUGGCCAAGGACUGUUACUGUAACAAUAUUGUCAAAUGACAACGCGUUUGGAGUUAUUUCAUUUAAUAUGCCCCCAUCAGUCACAGUGAGGGAGCUCAGGGGCAGGAAUGAGUCUGUGCCUGUGACUCUCAUCAGGGAAAAGGGCACCUACGGGAAGGUCACUGUCACCUUUGAGGUGGAGGGUGGCCCAAACCCCCCGGAAGAAGAUUUGAGUCCAGUUAGUGGAAAUAUCACCUUUCUCCCUGGCAGAGCCACAGUAGUUUAUAACUUGACAGUACUUGAUGAUGAGGUACCAGAAAAUGAUGAGAUAUUUUUGAUUCAACUCAAAAGUGUAGAAGGAGGGGCUGAGAUUAACAUCUCUAGGAAUUCAGUUGAGAUCAUCAUUAAGAAAAAUGAUGGUCCCGUGAGAUUCUUCCAGAGCAUUUAUUUGGUACCUGAGGAAGACCACAUACUUAUAAUUCCAGUAAUUCGUGGAAAGGAUAGCGAUGGAAAUCUGAUUGGAUCCGAUGAAGAUGAAGUUUCCAUUCGAUACACAAUUAUCACGGGGAACUCAACGGCACAUGCCCAGCAAAAUUUAGACUUCAUUGAUCUUCAGGCAAACACAACUAUUGUCUUUCCACCCUUUAUUCAUGAGUCACAUCUGAAAUUUCAAAUCAUUGACGAUGCCACACCAGAGAUUGCCGAAUCAUUUCACAUCGCGUUGCUGCAGGACAGCUUACUGGGAGACGCAGUGCUGACCGGGCCUUCGGUCGUGCAAGUCACCAUUAAGGCGAAUGACAAACCUCAUGGCGUCCUCUCAUUCAGCAGUGUGUUGUUUGAAAGGCCGGUUAUAAUUGAUGAAGAUACAACAUCAAGCUCUAGACUCCAAGAGAUCUCGGUGGUUAGAAAUGGUGGCACCCACGGCAAUGUCUCUGUGAACUGGGUGCUGACACGGAAUAGCAGCGACCCCUCGCCGGUGAUAGAAGAUAUCCAGCCGAGUGCCGGGGUUCUGCACUUCGCACCUGGGCAGAUGUUGGCCUCCAUUCCCCUGACCGUCAUUGACGAUGACCUCCCGGAGGAGGCCGAAGCUUACCUACUGUGGAUCCUGCCCCACACCAUACGAGGCGGUGCCGAAGUGAGCGAGCCCGCCGAGCUUCUGUUCUACAUCCAGGAUAGUGAUGACGUUUAUGGACUAAUAACAUUUUUUCCUAUGGAAAACCAGAGGAUUGAAAGCAGUCGAGGUGAACGAUACUUAUCCCUGAGUCUCACAAGACUAGGAGGAACUAAAGGAAAUGUGCAGAUGCUUUAUUCUGCACUUUAUAUUCCGGCUGGGGCUGUGGACCCUUUCCGAGCGAAAGAUGGCAUCUUAAAUGUGUCGAGGAGAAACAGCCUCAUCUUCCCGGAACAUAGGACCCAAGUUGCGAAAAAAUUGCCCAUAAGAAAUGAUGCAUUCCUUCAAAAUGGGGCCCACUUCCUAGUGCAGUUGGACACUGUGGUAUUGGUGAACAUUUUCCCUCCAAUUCCACCUAUAAGUCCUAGAUUUGGGAAAAUCCGAAAUAUUUCUUUAGCGGUUACUCCAGCCAUUGCUAACGGAGAAAUCGGCUUUAUUAGCAAUCUUCCAAUCAUCUUACAUGAACCAGAAGAUUCUGCAGCUGAAGUGGUGUGCAUUCCUUUGCAUCGGGACGGGACUGACGGCCAGGCUACUGUCUACUGGAGUUUGAAGCCCUCCGGCUUUAAUUCCCAAGCAGUGACCAUGGAUGACAUCGGCCCCUUUAAUGGCUCUGUUGUGUUUUUAUCUGGGCAAAGUGACACAACAAUCAACAUUACUGUCAAGGGUGAUGAUGUACCAGAGAUGAAUGAAACUGUAACACUUUCUCUAGACAGGGUUAAUACAGAAAACGAGGUGCUGAAAUCUGGGUAUACUAGUCGUGACCUAAUUAUUUUGGAAAAUGAUGAUCCUGGAGGAGUCUUUGAAUUUUCUCCUGCUUCGAGAGGGCCCUAUCUUAUACAGGAAGGAGAAUCUGUGGAGCUGCACAUUACUCGAUCCCGGGGAGCUCUUGUAAAGCAGUUCCUGUACUACCGAGUAGAGCCACGAGAUAGCAAUGAAUUCUAUGGAAACACGGGGAUACUGGAAUUCAAAUCCGGGGAAAGGGAAAUAGUGAUCACUCUGCUCUCAAGACUGGAUGGUGUACCUGAGCUGGAUGAGCAUUACUGGGUGGUCCUCAGCAGCCACGGUGAAAGGGAAAGCAAGCUGGGAAGUGCUACAGUUGUCAACAUAACGAUUCUGAAAAACGACGACCCUCAUGGGGUUAUAGAAUUUGUUGCUGAUGAUCUCACUGUGACGAUAAACGAAAGCAAAGGGGAUGAUAUCUAUAAUGCUGUUUACGGUGUAAUAAGAAAUCGAGGCAACUUCGGUGAUGUUAGCGUAUUAUGGGUAGUUAGCCCCGACUUUACACAAGAUGUAUUUCCUGUACAAGGGACUGUUUUCUUUGGCGAUCAGGAAUUUUCAAAAAAUAUCACCAUCUACUCCCUUCCAGAUGAGAUUCCAGAGGAAAUGGAAGAGUUUACCAUUAUGCUACUUAAUGCAACUGGCGGAGCUAAAGUGGGAAAUAAAACAACUGCAACUCUGAGGAUUAGCAGAAACGAUGACCCUAUUUAUUUUGCAGAACCUCGUGUAGUGCGGGUUCAGGAAGGGGACACUGCUAACUUCACCGUCCUCAGAAAUGGAUCUGUGGAUGUGACCUGCUCUGUCCAGUAUGCCACCCUGGAUGGGAAGGCCACUGCAAAAGAGGGCGACUUCGUUCCCACUGAAGGAGAAACCCUCGUGUUUGACGUUGGAAGUAGAGAGCAGAGUGUGUCCGUGCAUGUUAAUGAAGAUGGUAUCCCAGAAACAGAAGAGCCCUUCUAUAUAAUCCUGUUUAACUCAACAGGUGAUACAGUAGUAUAUCAGUAUGGAAUAGCUACAGUUAUAAUUGAAGCUAAUGAUGACCCAAAUGGUAUUUUUUCUCUGGAACCCAUAGACAAGACUGUAGAAGAAGGAAAGACUAAUGCAUUUUGGAUUUUGAGGCACCGAGGAUGCUUUGGAAAUGUGUCUGUGGGCUGGCAGCUGUUUCAGAAUGACUCUGCUCUGCAGCCCGGACAGGAGUUCUACGAAACCUCAGGGACCAUUCAGUUCAUGGAUGGAGAAGGAAUGAAACCAGUCAUUCUCCAUGCUUUUCCAGACAGUAUUCCUGAAUUCAAUGAAUUUUUUGUUCUAAAGCUCAUAAACAUUUCAGGUGGCUCCCCAGGUCCUGGGGGCCAGCUAGCAGAAACUAACCUGCAGGUGACGGUGAUGAUUCCAUUCAAUGAUGAUCCCUUUGGGAUUUUCAUCUUGGACCCAGAGUGUUUAGAGAGAGAAGUGGCAGAAGAUGUCCUGUCAGAAGAUGAUAUGUCUUAUAUUACCAACUUCACCAUUUUGAGGCAGCAGGGCGUGUUUGGUGAUGUUCGAGUAGGCUGGGAAAUACUGUCCAGUGCAUUUCCUGCUGGUUUGCCACCCGUAGUGGACUUUCUACUGGUUGGAAAUUUCCCCAACACUGUACAGUUACAACCGCACAUGCGACGUCACCAUAGCGGAACAGAUGCUUUGUACUUCAGUGGACUAGAGGGAUCAUUUGGGACUGUUAAUCCAAAAUACCAUCCCUCCAGGAACAACACAAUUGUAAACUUUACAUUUUCAGCUUGGGUAAUGCCUAAUGGUAGAACAAAUGGGUUUGUCAUAGCAAAGGAUGAUGGUAAUGGAAGCAUCUACUAUGGGGUAAAAAUUCAAACUAAUGAAUCCCAUGUGGCACUUUCCCUUCAUUAUAAAACUUUGGGAUCAAAUGCUACAUACAUUGCCAAGACAACAGUCAUGAAAUAUUUAGAAGAAGGUGUUUGGCUUCAUCUUCUAAUUAUCCUGGAUGAUGGUAUAAUUGAAUUCUACCUGGAUGGAAAUGCAAUGCCCAGAGGAAUCAAGAGCCUGAAAGGAGAAGCCAUAACUGAUGGUCCUGGAGUCCUGAGAAUCGGGGCAGGCAUUAAUGGCCACGACAGAUUUACGGGUGUGAUGCAGGACGUGAGGGCCUAUGACCGGAAACUGACCCUUGAAGAAAUUUAUGAGCUUCAUACUAUGCCUGCAAAGAAUGAUUUACACCCCAUUUCUGGAUAUCUGGAGUUCAGACAGGGAGAAACUAACAAAUCGUUUAUUGUUUCUGCAAGAGAUGACAACAAAGAGGAAGGAGAAGAAUUAUUCUUUCUUAAAUUAGUCUCUGUAUAUGGAGGAGCUCACAUUUCUGAAGAAAAUACUACUGCAAAGUUAAUAAUACAAAAGAGUGACAAUGCCAAUGGGCUGUUUGGUUUCACAGGAGCUUGUAUACCAGAGAUCGCAGAGGAGGGAUCUACCAUUUCAUGUGUGGUGGAGCGCACGAGGGGAGCCCUGGACUACGUGCGUGUGUUUUACACCAUCUCACAGAUCGAAUCUGAAGGCAUUAAUUACCUUGUAGACGAUUUUGCUAAUGUCAGUGGAGCUAUCACCUUCCUUCCUUGGCAGAGAUCUGAGGUCUUGAAUAUAUAUGUUCUUGAUGAUGAUAUUCCUGAGCUUAAUGAAUAUUUUCGGGUGACCCUGGUUUCUGCGGUUCCUGGAGAUGGGAAGCUAGGUUCAACUCCCACCAGUGGCGCCAGCAUAGAUCCUGAGAAGGAAACCACAGAUAUCACCAUUAAAGCUAGUGAUCAUCCCUAUGGCUUGCUGCAGUUCUCCACAGAGCCGCCUCCCAGGCCCGAGGACCCAAUGAGCCUGCCUGCCAGCAGCGAGCCACAUCUCACAGUGCAGGAGGAGGACGGAGAAGUCCAGCUGCUGGUCGUCCGUGCGCAGGGCCUUCUGGGAAGGGUGACUGCGGAGUUCAGAACCGUGUCCCUGACAGCAUUCAGUCCAGAGGACUACCAGAGUGCUGCUGGCACAUUAGAAUUUCAACCAGGAGAAAGAUAUAAGUACAUUUUUGUCAACAUCACUGAUAAUUCUAUCCCUGAACUGGAGAAGUCUUUUAAAGUUGAGUUGUUAAACUUGGAGGGAGGAGUGGCUGAAGUCCUUAGGGUUGAUGGCAGUGGUAGUGGUGACGGGGACAUGGAGCCCUUCUUCCCAGCCAUCCACAGACGUGCCAGCCUAGGAGUGGCUUCCCAGAUCCUGGUGACAAUCGCGGCCUCUGACCACGCACACGGCCUGUUUGAAUUUAGCCCUGAGUCGCUCUUCCUCAAUGGAACUGAACCAGAAGAUGGGCACAGCACGGUCCUGUUGAAAGUGAUAAGGAGUCAUGGAGCUCUGUCCCAGGUGACCUUGCAUUGGAGCAUAGACUCCGACCCAGACGGUGAUCUGGCCUUCACCUCCGGCAACGUCACUUUUGAGGUCGGGCAGAAGCAUGCCCAUAUCACAGUGGAAAUCCUGCCAGAUGAAGAUCCCGAGCUGGAUAAGGCCUUCUCGGUGUCAAUCCUCAAUGUCUCCAGGGGCACCUUAGGAGUUCACACUAAUGCCACGCUGAUAGUUUUGGCCAGUGAUGAUCCUUAUGGGGUAUUCAUUUUUUCUGCAGAAAAUAGACCUGUUAUAGUUGAGGAAGCGCCCCAGAAUGUCACAUUAUCAAUAAUCAGGUUGAAAGGCCUCCUGGGGAAAGUCAGAGUCUCUUACACAACAGUCGACGAUAUGGAAACACCAUCUUAUUUUCCACCUAAUUUAGCCAGAGCAACCCAAGGACAGGACUAUGCAUCUGCUUCCGGAUUCACUCUUUUCAGAGCUAAUCAGAGUCAAGCAACCAUCACUAUUUCAAUUUUGGAUGAUGAUGAACCAGAAAAGUCAGAGUCUGUGUUUAUUGAGCUACUCGAUUCAGUUUUAAUGGAAAAAGUGCAGAAUCGCCCGAUUCCAGACUCUCCUCGGCUUGGGCCUCAGGUAGAAACCAUAGCUCACAUAAUCAUCCUCGCCAAUGAUGAUGCCUUUGGAAUCCUUCAGCUCUCGGCCUCAGUUGUCCGAGUGGCGGAAAAUCACGUCGGACCCAUCAUCAACGUGACUCGGAUAGGAGGGGCUUUUGCAGAUGUUUCCGUGAAGUUUAAAGCCGUACCAGUAACUGCGAUUGCUGGUGAAGAUUACAGCAUAGCUUCGUCAGAUGUGGUCUUGCUGGAAGGGGAGACCAGUAAGGCUGUGCCUGUGUACAUCAUCAACGACAUCUACCCUGAGCUGGAGGAAACGUUCCUCAUACAGCUGCUGAAUGAGACAACGGGGGGAGCUAGGCUCGGGACCCUGACAGAGGCGGUCAUUACCAUUGAGGCUUCUGACGACCCCUAUGGAUUAUUCGGUUUUCAGAUUACUAAAUUUAUUGUAGAGGAACCUGAGUUUAACUCAGUGAAGGUAAACCUGCCAAUAAUUCGAAAUUCUGGGACACUCGGCACUGUUACUGUUCAGUGGGUUGCCACCAUUAAUGGACAGCUUGCUACUGGCGACCUGCGAGUUGUCUCAGGUAAUGUGACCUUUGCCCCUGGGGAAACCAUUCAAACCUUGUUGUUAGAGGUCCUGGCUGACGACGUUCCGGAGAUUGAAGAGGUUAUUCAAGUGCAACUAACUGAGGCCUCAGGUGGAGGUACUAUUGGGUUAGAUCACAUGGCAAAUAUUAUUAUUCCCGCCAAUGAUAACCCUUAUGGUACAGUAGCCUUUGUCCGGUCGGUUUAUCGCGUUCAAGAGCCCCUGGAAAGAAGUUCCUGUGCUAACAUAACUGUCAGGCGAAGCGGAGGGCGCUUUGGCCAGCUGCUGCUGCUCUACAGUACCUCUGAUAUUGAUGUAGUGGCCUUUGCGGUUGAGGAAGGUCAAGAUUUACUGUCCUACUAUGAGUCGCCAGUGCAAGGGGUUCCUGACCCGCUUUGGAGGACGUGGGUGAACAUCUCCGCCGUAGGCGAGCCCCAGGACACCUGCGCUGCCUUGUGCCUCCGAGAACAGGCUUGCUCGGCCUUUUCAUUUUUUAGUGCCGCUAAAGGUCCACAGUGUUUUUGGAUAACAUCAUGGAUCAGUCCAACCAUUAACAGUUCAGACUUCUGGACCUACAGGAAAAACACGACCAGGGUAGCGUCCCUCUUUAGUGGUCAGGCUGUAGCCGGCAGUGACUAUGAACCCGUGACCAGGCAGUGGGCCAUCAUGCUGGAAGGUGAUGAAUUUGCAAAUCUCACAGUUUCUAUUCUUCCCGAUGAGCUUCCAGAAAUGGAUGAGAGUUUCCUCAUUUCUCUCCUUGAAGUUCAUCUUGUGAACAUCACGGCCAGUUUUAAAAAUCAGCCAACCAUAGGACAGCCGAAUACUUCCACAGUAGUCAUAGCACUCAAUGGCGAUGCCUUUGGGGUGUUUGUGAUCUACAGUAUGGCUCCAAACGCCUCAGAAGAUGGAUUGUUUGUGGAAGUUCAGGAACAGCCACAAACCUUGGUGGAGCUGGUGAUCCUCAGGACGGGAGGCAGCUUAGGGCAGGUGACCGUGGAAUGGCGCGUCGUUGGCGGGACAGCUACUGAAGGUUUAGAUUUUACAGGUGCUGGAGACAUUCUGACUUUUGCCGAAGGUGAAACCAAAAAAACAGCCAUUCUGACCAUUUUGGAUGACUCCGAGCCAGAAGACGAUGAAAGCAUCAUAGUUAGUUUGGUGCACACAGAAGGUGGAAGUAGGAUUCUGCCCAGCUCUGACACUGUGAGAGUGAACAUUCUGGUCAACGACAAUGUGGCAGGAGUCCUUAGUUUUCAGAUGGCCUCCCGGUCUGUCAUAGGUCACGAAGGAGAAAUUUUGCAAUUCCAUGUGAUAAGAACCCCUCCUGGUCGAGGAAAUGUUACUGUUGACUGGAAAAUUAUUGGGCAAAAUCUAGAACUCAAUUUUGCUAACCUUACCGGACAACUCUUCUUUCAUGAGGGGACACUGAAUAAAACAAUAUUUGUGCAUCUGCUGGAUGACAACAUUCCAGAGGAAAAAGAAGUAUACCAAGUCAUUUUGUAUGACGUCAGGACACAAGGGGUUCCGCCUGCAGGAAUGGCUCUCCUAGAUACACAAGGAUACGCCGCUGUCUUGACCGUCGAAGCCAGCGAUGAACCGCAUGGAGUUUUGAAUUUUGCUCUUUCGUCCCGAUUUGUUUUACUGCAGGAGGCUGACAUGACGAUUCAGCUUUUCAUCAAUCGAGAGUUUGGAUCUCUAGGGGCCGUCAAUGUCACCUAUGCCACUGUACCCGGAACGCUGAGUCUGAGGAAUCAGACGGAAGGAAACCUAGCAGAGCCGGGAGCCGAUUUCAUCCCGGCGGUAGGCUUUCUGGUUUUAGAAGAAGGGCAGACGGCAGCGGCCAUCAACAUUACAAUCCUUGAGGAUGCUAUACCGGAGCUGAAAGAAUACUUCCUGGUGAAUUUAACUUCGGUUGAGCUCAUCAUGGCUCCUGUAACUUCAUUUCCUCCCAGACUAGAAAAGACUCAGUUAAUUCAUUACAGACUGAAAGAUUCAGAAGGCUUGACUGCACAGAUCAUCAUUGAUGCCAGCGAUGGUGCCCGGGGUGUGGUCGAGUGGCAGCGGAGCAGCUUUGAAGUAAGCGAAUCCCACGGAAGUGUGACCUUGGCAGCCCAGAGGGGCAGAGAGGCCCUGGGCCAGGUGUCCUUGUUCGUGUAUGCCCAGAAUGUGGAGGCCCAGCUGGGGCAGGACUACAUCUUCACACCCAUGAUUCUUCAUUUUGCUGAUGGAGAAAGGUAUAAAAAUGUAGACAUUGUGAUCCUGGAUGACGACAUUCCAGAAGGAGAUGAAAAAUUUCAGCUCAUAUUGACAAAUCCUUCUCCUGGACUGGAGCUGGGGGAGAAUACAAUAGCGGUGAUCACCAUCCUGGCCAACGACGAUGGCCCUGGGGUCCUCUCCUUUAACAACAGCCUGCACUUCCUCCUGCGGGAGCCGGCAGCUGGCCACGCACAGGAGAGCGUGGCGGUGCUGCACGUGGUGCGGGAGCCCGCGCACGGGCUGUUCGGGACGGUGACUGUGCAGUUCGUGGUGACCGGAGUGAACUCCUCAGAGGAGUCCAGGGACCUCAUGCCUUCCAGCGGCUACAUUGUUUUGGAAGCAGGAGUCCGAGUCAAGGCCCUACACAUAGCUGCCAUAUUAGACACGGAACCAGAAAUGGAUGAACAUUUUGUCUGCACCUUGUUCAACCCAACUGGAGGUGCUAGGCUAGGGGAACGUGUGCAAACCCUGAUAACAGUUUUGCAAAACCAGGCCCCUUUGGGGCUAUUCAGUAUCUCUGCUGUGGAAAAUAGAGCCACCUCUGUUAACAUUGAAGAAGCCAACAGGGCUGUGUAUUUGAAUGUAUCACGUAUGAAUGGCAUUAAUUUAGCUGUGAGCGUGCAGUGGGAGACAGUAUCUGAGACAGCCUUUGGAAUGAGAGGAAUGGAUGUUGUUUUUUCCAUAGUUCAAAGUUUUUUGAACGAGUCAGCUACUGGCUGGUGUUUUUUUACUUUGGAAGAUUCAGUGUAUGGUGUAAUGUUAAGAAAAUCGUCAUUCACGCUUUAUCGAUGGCAAGGGAUUUUUAUUCCACUUCAGGAUGUAAAUAUAGAAAAUCCUAAAGUAUGUGAAGCCUUUCAUAUUGAUCAUUCCCCCUACGUUGUGAUCACUCAUAAAGAAAGAAAUGGAGAAAAACCUUCUGCUAAUAGUGUGUACACAUUAACAUCUGGAUUCAAAUUAUUACUGGUUCAAACAAUUAUUACUUUGGAAAGUUCUCAAGUGAGAUAUUUUACUGCAGACAAUCAAGAUUAUUUAAUUGUUGCAAGUCAAAGAAAUGAUUCCGAAUUAACUCAGGUCUUCCGAUGGAACCAAGGAAGCUUCGUGCUGCAUCAGAAGCUCCCCGUGCAGGGGGUGCUGGCCGUGGCCCUGUUCAGCAGAGGUGGCUCUGAGUUCCUGGCCAUCUCGCAGGCCGACCCUCGGCUCGCAGCCCUCAUCUUCCGGUGGUCGGGUGGUGCCUUCGUUAACUCGCAAGAGGUGCCUGUCACAGGGGCAGCACGACUAGAGGCUUUGUCUGCAGGCAAUGAUGUUUACUUAAUUGUUGCCAAAGAUCUCUCUCUAGGAAAUGAGAACUCAGUCGACAUUUUUGUCUGGGAGACAGGACAGCCUUCUUUCAGGUAUUUCCAGUCCCUGGAUGUGGCCACCGUGAAGGGAAUCCAUUCCUUCACACCAGCCUCGGGAAUAGCUCACGUACUCCUGACUGGCCCAGAGGCGUCUGCACUUUACUGCUGGGAUUCAGGGCGAAACCUGUUCUCCUUCCUGCUGGAAGCUCCUCCUGCUCAGGCUGCAGCCUCUGUCACAGUGAGGUCUCUUAAUUCAAGCAAGAGCUUACUCUGGGUGGCCGAUGCCUCAGAGGCCCACCUGUUGGAGCUGUCCUCGGUCUCCAGCCAGUCCGAUUUUGUUCCCAGCUCAGGUGAACUGGUGUUUGGACCUGGUGACAGAGAGGCUAUAAUAGCCGUGAAUAUCCUGGAUGACUCGGUCCCAGAAGAGGAGGAGUCCUUCCGAGUGCAGCUUAGAAACCCCACGGGAGGGGCAGAGAUCGGUAGUCAAGGCUCUGUGAGGAUCACCAUCCUGUCUAACGAUGACGCCUACGGAGUGGUUGCAUUUGCCCAGAAUUCAUUAUAUAAGCAAGUGGAGGAAAUGGAGCAAGACAGCCUGGUCACCUUGAAUGUGGAGCGCUUAAAAGGAACCUACGGGCGUGUGACGGUGGCGUGGGCAGCCGAUGGGAGUGUCGGUGACAUAUUUCCUACCUCGGGAGUGAUUUCAUUUGCUGAGGGCCAGGUGCUGUCCACCAUCACUCUGACCAUCCUUGCUGAUGACACGCCGGAGUUAUCCGAGGUGGUGACCGUGACACUCACCAACAUUACCACAGAAGGUGUCGGCGACCCCGCCAAAGGUGCCACCAUCGACCUGCAAAGACACAAGUCCUUGAUCACCACGUUGGCCAGCGACUACCCCUACGGCCUGGUGGGCUGGCACACGGGGUCUCUCUUCACUCGAGUGGUGGAGCCUACAGAGAACAACACCAUUCUUCCAUUGAAAAUUGUUCGAGAUAAAGGACUCUUUGGAGACAUUGCCAUUCACUUGAUAGCUAAACCUAAUUUCUUACUGCACAUCAAUAAUCAAGCUACUGAGAAUGAAGAUUAUGUCUUACAAGAAACAAUAAUAAUAAUGAAAGAAAAUGUAAAAGAAACUCAUGCCAAAGUUGCCAUUUUGCCAGACGAUGCUCCCGAGCUGGAGGAGGGAUUCGUGGUGACUAUCACCGAGGUGACCCUGGUCAACCCCGACUUCCCUGCCGAGCAGCCGCGUGUGCGCAGACCUGGACGGGAAAUGGCCGAAAUAGUGAUCGAAGAAAAUGACGACCCCAGAGGCAUCUUUAAGUUUCACAUUACCAGGGACCUCAGCAGCGGAGCUGUCACUGCCCACGAGCUGCCCCCGCCCCUGGGCGUGCUCCAGGUCCCUGUGGUGCGGCUGGCCGGGAGCUUCGGCCCCGCGAGCGUCCACUGGAGAGCCUCACCGGGCAGCGCCGGCGCCCAGGACUUCACACCGUCACACGGGACGCUGGAGUUCGCAGACGGCCAAGUUACUGCAGUGAUAGAAAUCACCAUCAUUGACGAUGCUGAGCACGAAGCUGCGGAGAUGUUCAGCCUGGCCUUGACCAGCGUGUCGGGAGGCGGCGCCCUCGGUGACGAUGUUCUGUUAACCAUUGUUAUCCCACAAAAUGACUCGCCAUUCGGAGUAUUUGGCUUUGAAGAGCAAACUGUGAUGGUUGAUGAGCCCCUUUUGUCUGAUGACCCUGAUUCCUAUGUGACACUGAGGGUCGUCCGGUCCCUGGGAGGGAGAGGAGCCGUCCAACUUCAGUGGAUGUUGGAGGACAAAGCGAAGGAUGUCCUCAGCCCUCUGAAGGGGAUACUCCACUUUGAUGAGAUGGAGUCCCAGAAGACCAUCGUCCUGAACACACUCCAGGACACCACGUGGGACAAGGACAGGCGCUUCACCAUUCAGCUGACAGCACCCGCCGAGGUGGAAAUAUCUCCAGUCAAAGGUCGAGCAUCGAUCAUCAUGCGAAGAGAAAAGACAGCAUCGGGGGAAGUUGGGGUCGCCCUGUCAUCCAGGCAUAUCCUCAUUGGGGAGCCCUUGGCCACCUACAAUGGCACCGCUGUCAUCAGCCUCAUCCGUGGCCCUGCGCUCUGGGGGGAGGUGACAGUGUGGUGGAGAAUCUUCCCUCCUUCUGUGGGGGAGUUUGCCGAAACCUCAGGGAAGCUGACCAUGCAGGAAGGACAGUCGACAGCCAUCGUGGUCAUACAGGCUCUGAAUGAUGACAUCCCCGAGGAGAAGCGUGUCUAUGAGUUCCAGCUCACAGACGUCAGCGAGGGUGCCGGGCUGAGCACCUCCAGUCACAUGGCCAGUAUCACCAUGGUGGCCAGUGAUGCCCCGUAUGGCCACUUUGCCUUUUCCCAGGAACAGCUGUGGGUGUUGGAGGAAGUGCAGAAGAUAAACGUCACAGUGGCCCGGGCAGGCGGUUGCCUCGGCCUGGUGAGGCUGUGGUUCCAGACGGCGGGCGGCACCGCAGAUGCAGGUGUGGACUUCAUCCCCGCAGCUGGGCAGCUCCUCUUCGGGGUGGGAGAGAUGGCCAAAGAGCUGCAGGUCGAGAUCCUUGACGAUGACCACCCCGAAGGCCCUGAGGACUUUUCUCUAGCAAUUGUAAAGGUGGAGCUACAAGGCAGAGGGUAUGAUUUUACCAUCCAAGAAAAUGGACUACAGAUAGAUCAACCUCCUGAAAUCGGGAACAUUUCCACGGUUCAAAUCAUAAUAAUGCAAAAUGAUAAUGCAGAGGGCAUCAUUGAAUUUGACCCGGCAUACACGGCCUUUGAAGUGGAGGAGGACGUGGGCACCUUCUCAAUACCCGUGCGGAGGCUGCGUGGGACGCACGGCCGCGUGACAGCCGAGUUCGUCGCUCAGAGCCCCGCCUUGACCCCGGGAGGCGUGGACUUCACCCUGCACGGCGCCUCGGUCACCUUCCAGCACGGACAGAACCUGAGCUUCAUCCACGUCUCGGUCACCGCCGGCGGGGAGAGCGAGCCCCCUGCGGAGCCCCUCCAGAUCCUCCUCACCGCGGCCACGGGCGGCGCGCUCCUCGGGCGCCACCUAGUGAGCAGGGUCACCGUCGCCGCCCGGAGCCGCCCUCCCUCGGGCCUGGUGAGGUUCCUCAACGACAGCGCGAUUUCCCUUCCCAACCCGGAUUCCCCCGAGCCGGUGGCCUUGGUGCUCGAGCGGACUGGAGGAUUCCUGGGAGAGAUCCAGGUGGACUGGGUCAUCGUGGGCCCCAACUCCGAGGAAGCCUUGCCAGCCCAGAACCCGGACUUUGCGGAGCCUGUGGGCGGCUCCUUCUCCUUUGCUGACGGAGAGGGAGGCAGGAGGACCAUCCUUCUGACCAUCUACCCGCAUGAGGACACGGAAGUGGAAGAGACAUUCGAGGUUAAACUGCAGCUUGUGAGAGGAGAAGCCAGAUUAGACUCCAGAGCUAGAGCGGUUACAUUAACAAUACAGAAGUUUGGUGAUCCAAACGGUGUUGUGUCUUUGAUCUCCGAGUCCACAUCUGGGAAGACCUAUUCAGAACCACUGGCUGGGGAAGGGCCUCUGGUCAUAACUUUCUUUGUCAAAAGAGUCAAGGGCACUUUUGGAGAAAUUACGGUUUACUGGGAAUUGAGCAGUGAGUUCGAUAUCACUGGAGACUUCCUUUCCACAAAUGGAGUCUUCACUAUCGCCAAUGGUGAGACCAGUGCCAGUUUUGAUGUCCACCUGCUGCCUGACGACACACCCGAGCUGGAGGAAGCAUACAUGGUCCGGCUGGUUUCCGUGGAAGGAGGGGCAGAGCUGGAUCUGGACAGCAGUGUGGCGUGGUUCUCGGUGUCUGCCAACGAUGACCCUCAUGGGGUAUUUGCCCUCUAUUCAGAGCGCCAGUCGAUACUUAUCGGGCAGAACCUCACACGAUCCAUCCAAAUUAAUAUAACCCGGCUUGCAGGAACUUUUGGCAAUGUGGCUGUUAAAUUGCAAAUAUUGUCCAAGCAUGAAGAACAGCCAGUGGCUGCUGAAAAUGCAGAGCGGCAGCUGGUGUUCGAAGACGGUGCAUGGCAUAAAGUGGACACAGUGCCGAUUGCAAGUCAGGUCUUUCUGUCCCUGGGCUCCAAUUUCACUGUGCAGCUGGUGUCUGUGACACUUGUUAGUGGACAGUUCAACAGCAGGCCAAGGAUUCUGCAGGAAGCCAAGUCGGCCGUCCUUCCUGUCCCUGAGAUUGCUGCCAAUUCUCAGGUUGGAUUUGAAUCCACGGCUGUCCGGCUCACGGACAUCACUGGUGGCACGAGCCAGGUGACCAUCUCCAGGAGCGGCACGUAUGGUGCACUUGCGGUGACCUGGACCACUGGCUACGGUCCUGGGUGGGAAAUCCCUGAGUCUGUGGUCAUUGGCAACAUGACCCCUGUGCUGGGGAGCCUGGCUUUUGCCCACGGUGAAGGGAGGAAGCAGGUGGUGCUGUGCGUGGUGCCCAGGCCGGGCCGGACCGAGGCCUUCGUCCUCCACCUGGCAGGGGUGCGGAGCAGCGCUGCGGGCGGUGCUCGGCUGCGGUCAGGUUUCACCACUGCUGAGAUCGAACCGACGGGCAUCUUCCAGUUCUCCCCUAGUUCCAGAGCCAUCAGGGUUUCAGAGGCCGCACAGCUGGUCCAGUUACAAGUGCAGAGGCUGUAUGGGUUCCAGGGGGACCUCAUCACCAUCUCCUACCAGACAGCCACCGGCAGUGCAAAGCCUGGGGAAGACUUUGAGCUGAUUCAGAGCGGGGAAAUGUUUUUUUACAAGUUCCAAACAGAGACUGAUUUUGAGAUAACCAUUAUUAAUGAUCAGGUUCCUGAGACAGAAGAAACUUUUUAUAUUAAUCUCACUUCCAUUGCAACCAGAGGACUGGAAAAGCAGGAUGCCAAUUGGAGACCUCGCCUGAACCUAGAUUUUAGUGUUGCAGUGGUCACAAUAUUGGAUGAUGACCACCCAGCAAGCACGUAUGCUUCUGUCCCCACGACAGAUGUGGCUGUGGCAGUGAACACCACGCUUAUUCCCAUAAACACCGACGCCACCACACAUCCCGACACAGGCAGGACAGCUGCCACUCCACAGGCAACUGAGAUGGUCGUCAUUGUUACCGAGGCAACUGGUACGUCUGCCACCCCUGGGAAACCUGUCACCCUCUAUGGGACAUCCACCCUGCUGGACAAGCCUGACACAGCCAACGGGUCCAUCCAUGGGACCUUUAGUCUUGGGCCCGCCAUCGUGUAUGUGGAAGAGGAGACGAGGAAUGGCACAUUCAGCACUGCAGAAAUUCUCGUCCGAAGGACAGGUGGAUUUGCCGGCAAUGUCAGUGUCAAGGUUAGAACCUUUGGAGAAAGAUCUGCACAGAAGGAGCCGAGUGCAUUUCCCUUUCAGGAUGCUCAUGGGCUGCUGGCCAACCGGAGCUGGGCAGCAGAGGAGGAGGACUUUGAGGAGCAGGUGCUGACCCUGACAUUUCUAGAAGGAGAAAGAGAGCAGAGAGUGGCGAUUCCGAUUGUGGACGAUGAGGAGCCUGAGGAGCAGGAGUUCUUCUACGUGUUUCUCACAGAUGCUCGAGGAGGAGCACAGAUUAUAAAGGGAAAGGACGAAGCCGGGUUCGCAGCCUUUGCCGUGGUUAUCAUUGAAGGAAGCGACCUGCACAAUGGCAUCGUGGGGUUCAGUGAGCACUCCCAGGGUGAGAUGGAGCUGGGGGCAGGAUCUGAGGAGAGAAGACUGCGCCUGGUCGUCACAAGGCAGCCGAACAGGGCCUUUGAGGACGUCCAGGUCCACUGGCGAGCCACACUGAACGAAUCAGCCGUCAUUCUCCAGAAGGAAGGGGUGAACCUGGAGGAAGAGAUUCUGUCUGUCUCAGGAACCACGACGUGUGCAGCGGGCCAGACACAGUGCUUCAUCAGCCUGGAGCUCAACCCCGAGAAGAUGCCCCCUGUUGAAACGCAUUAUUUCUUCGUGGAGCUCUAUGGGGUCACUGCUGGAGCUGCGAUCAACAGCAGUGCCAGAUUUGCACGGAUUAAAAUCUUGCAGGGCCACGGAGCUCAGAGCCUCGUUUACUUUGCGGCGGGUUCCCGGCUGGCUGUGGCUCAUAAGAAAGCCACACUGCUCAGCCUGCAGGUGGCCAGGGAUGCUGGAACCAGACUGACAGUGUCUGUGAACUUCAGCACCCAGGAGUUGGGGCGUGCUGAAAUGAUUGGCCGGACUCUCCUGUCUCCAGCUGUUUCUGGGAAGGAUUUUGAGAGAACUGAAGGCAUGUUGCUUUUUGAACCCGGCCAGAGAAACACUGUGCUGGACGUCAACCUGAUGCCAGAUACCAGACCUUCCAGUACCUUUCCGAAGCGCUUUCAGAUUGUGCUUUUUAACGCUAAAGGUGGUGCCAGAAUUGACGAAGCAUAUGGGACCGCCAAUGUCACUCUUGUCUCUGACGCAACCUCACAGGCCCUUUGGGAGCUGGCGGAGGAGCUACAGCAGCCCCUGGAGGAGGACACCCUCAGGCGGGUGCUGCAUGGCAUCAGUGUUAAAGUGGCCACUGAGAGCACGGAUGAGCAGCUCAGCGUGGCGAUGCAUUUGAUUGAAAAGAUAACUGUGGAAGGAAGAAAUCAAGCUUUCAGUAUUGAAAGCCGAACUCUUCUCUAUGAGGUCCUUUGUGCUCUCGUUAACCCAAAGCGGAAGGACACCAGAGGGUUCAGCCACUUUGCGGACGUGACUGAGAAUUUUGCCUUUUCUCUGCUGACGGAUGUUCCCUGUGGCUCUGCUGCUGAAAAAAGCAAAACCAUCCUUGACAGUUGCCCCUACUUGUCAAUACUGGCUCUUCACUGGGAUCCCCAGAAAAUCAAUGGGCACAAGUUUGAAGGAAAGGAAGGCGAUUAUAUUCAGAUUCCAGAAAGGUUGUUGGAUGCUCCAGAUGCAAAAACAGUGCCUGGAGAAAGUGCCUGUAAAUUAGUCCAGUUUACAGAGUAUAGCAGCCAGCAGUGGUUUGUAACUGCAAACAGCCUUCCUGCCCUGAAAAGUAAGGUGCUGUCUCUGAGUGUGAAAGGCCAGCACUCACAAGUCCUGGCUAAUAACAACGAAGUUCUCUACAGGAUAUACGCCGCUGAGCCCAGAAUUGUUCCUCAGACGUCGCUCUGUCUCCUUUGGAACCAGGCCACUGAAAGCUGGUGGUCGGACAGCCCCUUGUGCCGCGUGGUGGGGGAUGCUGAGGACUACGUGGACUGCGCCUGCGCACACUUGUCUACCUAUGCAGCCUAUGCACAGAUGCACAACUCGUCUGCGUACAACGAAGCCUUCUUCUCCUCUGGAUUUAUCUGUAUGUCAGGGCUCGGCCUGGCCGUCGUGUCGCACGUCUUCUGCGCCAGGUGCUCCCUGUUGGCAGCAAAGCUCCUGACUCACAUGAUGACAGCCAGCCUGGGCACGCAGAUUGCGUUCCUGGUGUCUGCAUAUGCGAGCCCCCGGCUCUCCGAGGAGGGCUGUUCCGCCGUCGCUGCCAUCACACACUACCUGUAUCUCUGCCAGUUCAGCUGGAUGCUCGUCCAGGCGGUGAACUUCUGGUACGUGCUGGUGAUGAAUGACGAACACGCGGAGCGGCGGCACCUGCUGCUUCUCCUGCUGGGCUGGGGGCUGCCGGCCCUCGCGGUGAUCGUCCUCAUUGUGGUCCUGAGAGGGGUGCACCACCAGAGCAUGCCACAGAUCUACGGCCUUGUGCAUGGAGACCUGUGCUGCAUCCCGAACGUGUAUGCGGCGCUGUUCUCGGCAGGCCUGGCACCCCUGGCGUGCCUGGUGGUGAUCUUUGUGGUGUUCGUGCAUGCCUACCAGGUGAAGCUACAGUGGGCGGCCUACGAUGAUGUCUUCAGAGGGCGGACCAAUGCCACAGAAAUCCCGCUGAUCUUGUACCUCUUCGCUCUGGUGUCGGUAACCUGGCUCUGGGGAGGCCUGCACGCGGCCUACAGGCACUUCUGGAUGCUGGUGCUCUUCGUGCUCUUCAACAGUCUGCAGGGUCUCUACGUGUUCGUGGUGUACUUCGUCCUGCACAACCAGACGUGCUGCCCCAUGAAGGCCAGCUACACCGUGGAGGUGAACGGCCACCCGGGCCCCGGCUCCGCCUUCUUCACGCCGGGGAGCGGGAUGCCGGCCAUGGGCGAGGAGGUCAGCAAGUCCACGCAGAACCUCAUCGGUGCCAUGGAAGAGGUGCCACCGGAUUGGGAGCGUGUGUCCUUCCAGCAGACCAGCCAGGCCAGUCCUGACCUGAAGAGCGGCUCACAGAAUGGCGCCACCUUCCCUUCCCCAGGCGGCUUCAGCCAGGGCUCGCUGACCGCAGAUGAGGAGUCCCAGGAGUUUGAUGACCUGAUCUUUGCACUGAAGACAGGCGCUGGCCUCAGCGUGAGUGACACGGAGUCCGGCCAGGGCAGCCAGGAGGGUGGCGCACUGAGUGACUCGCAGAUCGUGGAGCUACGCCGGAUCCCCAUCGCCGACACACACCUCUGAGCGCCCUGGUGUGCGUGUAUGCGUCCGGAGAGGAAAGUGCCGCUCGGCCCAACCCAUGGAGCUCCGUGCAGGGACGGUGCACGUGCCUGGCAUCUUCAUGCUUUCUAAUCCCCCCACAUACUUGGCUAACUUUGUCUAAUGACAGUGAUCAGUAAAAGCAAUAGGACCCA